AUGGUCUUUCACCCGCCAGAGCGGCUUCCCAAGCUGCCUCCAGUCCCCGACUCCAUCACCCUGGAGGAGUUUAUGAGCAAUGAGCAGUAUGGUCGCUACCCACUCGACCAGUCGCGCAGCCCGUACACCUGUGGCUUGACGGGCAAGACGUACUCGGCACGCGAGGUGAAGCAGCGGGUAGACUUCUUGGCGAGAGGCAUUGGCAAGAGAUUGGGCUUCCACCCCCAUCAAGACACGGCGUGGGACAGAGUCGUCACCUUGUUUUCUCUCAACACGAUCGACUAUAUACCCUUCACCCACGCCGUGCACCGACUCGACGGCAUCGUUGCGCCCGCCAGUGCAGCAUACUCAGCUUCCGAGCUCGAACACCAGCUCCGGUCGUCCGGGGCCAAAGCUCUCUUCACAUGCACGGCUCUCUUGGACACGGCGCGCAAGGCCGCCAAGGCAGCAGGUCUCUCGGAGGACAACAUCUUCAUCCUCUCCAUGGCCGGCGACACGGGCAGCCCGCCGCACACCACAGUGGACGAGCUGAUAUCCCAAGGACGACAGCUGCCACCCACGCCACCGCUGCAAUGGGCCAAGGGCCAGGGCGCACGCCAGGUGGCCUACCUGUGCUACUCGAGCGGCACGUCGGGCCUCCCCAAGGCCGUCAUGAUCUCGCACACAAACAUCAUCUCCAACGUUCUCGCCGGCUGCGUAGGAGAAGCCCCUACUCGCGACGAGCUCCACAUCACUACCCAGGUCGCACUGGGCCUCCUGCCCCUCUCGCACAUCUACGGGCUUACCGUCGUGGCUCUAGUGUCGCAGUACCGGGGGGACGAGGUGAUUGUUCUGCCAAAGUUCGAGAUCGACAGCUUUCUGCAAGCGGUGGAUAGGUUCAAGAUCCGAAGGCUCAACAUUGUCCCGCCGAUCCUGAUCAGCAUGAUGCAGAACGAGGACAAGUGCCGCCAGCACGACCUGAGAAGCGUCAAGUUCCUGUACAGCGGCGCAGCACCGCUGGGAAAGGAGCUCGUGCAGGAUGCGCUCAAACGCUAUCCCCAGUGGAGGGUAGGGCAAGGUUACGGCAUGACGGAAGCAAGCCCUCUCGUCACGUCCACGGACGAGCUUGACGUUGACAUUGGCUCGUCGGGCUCCUUGGUGCCGGGCACGUACGCAAAGAUUGUCACCCCCGACGGGCACGAGGUUACCGCCUACGACACGCCUGGCGAGAUGCUGGUACAGGGCCCAUCCGUCGUGCUGGGCUACCUCCACAGCGAGCGGGCGAACGCCGAGACCUUCAUCUGGGACGAGGACGGGAGGUGGCUGAGGACCGGGGACGAGGUCGUCGUGAGGAAGAGCGCGCAGGGCAAUGAGCACUGGUUCGUCGUCGAUCGAAUCAAGGAGCUGAUCAAGGUCAAGGGCCACCAGGUGGCGCCAGCUGAGCUGGAGGCACACCUGCUCACGCACCCCGCCGUCUACGACUGCGCUGUGAUACCUGUCCAGGACCCGAGAGCAGGCGAGGUACCCAAGGCCUACGUCGUCAAGGUGUCAUCCGCCACGGCCGGCAACCCCGACGAGGAGAUUGCACAGGCCCUUGAGAAGCAUGUCCAGGACCACAAGGCCAACCACAAGUGGCUCAGGGGAGGCGUGGAGUUUGUAGACGCGAUACCCAAGAGUGCCAGCGGAAAGAUACUGAGGAAGGACUUAAAGGAGCGUGAGAGGGCGAGGCAGAGAGAGGAGGGGGCCAAGCUGUAA